CCUCCGUGUCCCUACUCCCCCCUCCACUCCUCUCUCUCUCUUGUGCUCUAACGCUCGCUUCCUUGCUCUCGUGGAUCCAAAAAUGGCGGAGGAUCCUGAGGCCGACGCCGGAGAUCUCCACGUCGGGGCGCCACUGGAGGGAUCGCGGGGGCCGGAGCUUGGAUUAGAUGGUUUCGGCGAGGGAAACGGUGGAGGGUCGUGGGAGGGGCGGGGCGGGAGGGAGGGGAGGGCGGAUCCUAGGGUUUCGUCGCUCGCCGGGGCGAGGUACAAGUCGAUGUCGCCGGCGCGCCUCCCGAUCGCGCGCUCCCCCUGCCUCACGAUCUCCUCCGGCCUCAGCCCCUCCGCGCUACUCGAGUCGCCAGUCCUCCUCACCAAUAUGAAGGCAGAGCCCUCACCAACUACUGGUACCUUUAGCAUGCCCUCACUGAUGAAUAAAGCUGUUUGUUCUGACACAAUAUCAUCUCCAAGGGAUUCCAACAGUAAUGCAUGUGAUGAAGAGAGUUCUGCAGCUUUUGAGUUCAAACGCCACAUGAGAUCAUCUAUGAAUUCGGGCUUGUCUCCAUUGGGUGCUUUGGCUUCUGUCAAUCCAACUCAACAAGAGCAGGAGCCUUCUCUGCCAGUUCAAAGUCAAUCACAAACUCAGACAUCUUCCCAGAUAGCUAAAGCUGAGAAGGCAACUCUUUCUUCCGAUGAAUUGACUUUAUCAGUAAGAAAUCCACAUCCACCUCUUGAAACACUUCCUUCAGCUGGUGUACCUCCAGAAGUUGCAUCUGAUGAGUUACAACAGAUCAAGGGUUCAGAGAAUGGCAUACAGUCAUUGCAAUCUGACCAUAAUGGAUCUAUGCCCUCCACUAUAAUUGAAAAGUCUUUAGAAGAUGGAUACAAUUGGCGGAAGUAUGGGCAGAAACAUGUUAAAGGAAGUGAAUAUCCUCGAAGCUAUUACAAAUGCACGCAUCCUAAUUGUCAAAUGAAAAAGCAUUUGGAACGCUCUCAUGAUGGACAGAUUACUGAAAUUAUUUAUAAAGGUCGGCAUGAUCAUCCUAAGCCUCAGCCUAGUCGUCGAGUAGCAGUGGGUGCCCUGCUCUGCACCCAAGGAGAGGAAAAACCUGAAGGGCUCUCUUCAUUAGCAAGUCCAGAAGGUAAAUCAUCAACUGUGCACAUAUCUUAUCCAAUUGAUCCAACUGGUGCUCCUCAGCUUUCUCCUAUCUCAGCCAGUGAUGAUGAUGUGGAAAUUGGAGGUGCACGUUCCCACUAUACUGGUGAUGAGGUUACUGAUGGUGAUGAUCCUGAGUCAAAGCGCAGGAAAAUGGAUGCCACUAGUGUUGAUGCUACUCCAAUUGGUAAACCUAACCGUGAACCACGUGUUGUUGUGCAAACAUUGAGUGAAGUUGAUAUAUUGGAUGAUGGGUACCGCUGGCGGAAAUAUGGGCAGAAAGUAGUGAAAGGGAAUCCAAAUCCAAGGAGUUACUACAAAUGCACAAAUGCUGGGUGCCCUGUUAGGAAACAUGUGGAGAGGGCAUCACAUGAUCCAAAAGCGGUGAUAACGACUUACGAGGGCAAGCAUAACCAUGAUGUACCUGCUGCAAAGACUGUCAACCAUGAUACAUCUGUACCAACGAUUGCAGAUGGUUCCAACACUAUGAUGACUCACACGUCAUCAGCUCUCAGAGGUUUUAUGAGGAAUGGUGACACGAUGAUCAUCUCGCAGCAGUACACUCAACCGGAGGAGAGUGAUACAAUCAGCCUUGACCUUGGUGUUGGGAUCAGCCGGAAUCACAGCAACACAAAUGAGCUGCAGCAAUCUCCAGCAAGAGACCAAGUCCACGGCCAUCAGAUUCAAUCUGUUGGUUCUGACUGUAGUAAUGCGAUGAUUCAAGCAAAUCCAUUAUCAACCCUAUAUGGAAAUUCAAGCAAUGGCGUCUAUGGCUCCAGUGAAGACAAAAGCGACGGUUUUAUCUUCAGGGCUGCGCCUAUGGACUGUUCAUCUAACCUCUACUAUGCAAGCACAGGAAGUUUAGUAAUGGGCCCGUGAGACUCUGUGUAACCUGAUUGAAUGGAACAUCGGGCGUAAAUUGCUUGCGGUUGUCUGCUGUUCAGGCUGAGAUAAAAAUAGUGGAUGUUCUCGUAGGCUUAUCAUGUUGUACCAUAACUCAUUACAAUGCUUCAUGUUUAGUUAAGUAAAAUCCCACAAAAAUUCACAGAUCGGAUCUUAUUGUGGGUAUCCAGAUCCUAUAUCUGUCAUGAUUAGAUUCAUCUUGGAAUCCCUUGAUUGGUGUAAAAAUUUUUUUUCAUGAGUUGAUAUAAAUAUGUGCGGUACUCUUUUAACUCUC